AUGAAGAAGUUUGGUCUCGGAAAGAAAAGCGAGGGUGACGAAGAUUCAGGCCGGCGCGCUCUUUUCGGAUCACGAUCAAAGAAUAAAUCUCCGGCCCCUCCUACGAACAAUCCUUAUGCCCAACCGACUGCUCCGCCUGAUCCAUAUACGCAAGCCAAGAUGAAUGCUGGUAUUAUUCCUCCAGCACAAAAAAGCGGAGGGCCUCGACCCCCUCCUGGUGCCCACGGAGGCCUGCCCAGUGGACCCUCAGUAAGGAAAGGGUAUGGUGGCGGAACGCUGCCAAAUACUUCUCAAGGCGACUACGCAGACGACAAGAAAUUUCGGACCCCAUCAGGAGGUUAUGGCACUGGUGGAGGAUACGGGGAUGAAAAAUUUGGUAAUGCAGGUGGUUAUGGCCAAGACAAGUUUGGCAGCGCUGCCUACAAUGGUGGAGAGCCUGCUGCGGCCAGUUCCAGAUAUGGAGCUGGUGGAUAUGGGGGCCUAGGACGUACAGACAGUGGUGAUACUACUUCCACUGAUGCCAACCGGGACGCGUUGUUCGGAGAUGCUCGAGAGCGGGUGCAGCAAAGAGGACCCAAUGGUUAUGGAGAGCCUCCUCCCUACGGUAGUGAUGUGGGACCAGCCGGAGGUCAAGACAGAAGUUACGGGGCUUAUGGAGAUCGGCAGCUGACGGCUGAAGAAGAGGAAGAGGAAGAUAUCGCAGCAACCAAACAGGAGAUCAGGUUCUUGAAGCAACAAGAUGUGUCCUCAACACGUAAUGCACUCCAGGUAGCCGCACAAGCUGAAGAGACUGGCCGAAACACACUAGCACGUCUUGGUGCUCAAGGUGAGCGUCUACACAACACUGAUAGGAAUCUGGACCUCGCCGGCAAUCAUCAACGAAUUGCCGAGGAGAAGGCAAAAGAGCUGAAGAUUGCUAACAGAAGCAUGUUCGCCUUUCAUGCCGACAACCCUUUCACGAAAGGAGGUCGUGAACGACGAGAUCAGGAAAUCCUUGACAAGCACAGAACGGAGCGAGAGCAAAGAGAGGCCACUCGACAGGCAGCCUUCGAAAGUGGCCAGAGGAUGAACCAGAACUUCAAAGGUAUUGGGGCAGCUGGCGCUGCGGGUCCGAAGAGCAAACCAAGCCUAGCCGAGCGGGCUAAGUAUCAAUUUGAGGCUGACAGUGAAGAUGAAAUGAUGGAGGACGAGAUUGAAAACAAUCUGGACGAAAUCAGCCAGGUCACUGGGCGAUUGAACUUGCUGGCGAAAGCUCAAGGUCAAGAAAUCGAGCAACAAAACAGAUUACUGGAGGGGCUGGGAAAGAAGAGCGAUCAAGUCGACGAUCAACUUGCCAUGAAUCGGAAACGACUCGACCGCAUCCGUUGA